GGUAGUCCAAUAUCCUCAUGGAAUCCCCUGCAAACGAACAUUUUCCAGACUGUCAGCGAUCGCCGAGAGAGCCUACUAUCAACUCUUGACGAAGAAAACCAUCGUUCACACUUCGCUGCGCGUGACGUUGAAGAGUGAAAGCGCGGGCGUUGUCUCGAAGACCCAGAUGAUUCUUGGCCCAUAACAAAUAUGGCGACACGCAGGUCUUCUUCUUGAAUCGAGACGGCUCAUUCUGUGCGACCGCCGUUCGUCGCCGUUCGCUAUUUCUUGGAUGCUGUGAUCUCUCGGAGAUAUGGGUUAGGCCCCCCAUCGCUCAGCGGCAGAAAUGGGCAGUAGCUGUUGCAAACCGUCGAAAGAAGAAAACGAUGAGGUCUGUCACGGUCACUUCACCGGGGCGGAAUCUGCGGUGCAAAUGGAGCGAUUGGUUCGCGAUGCUCUCGCGCUGCUCCGAACCUUCGAAAACCAGGAUCAGGAGCCGCCAGCCUUCGUCACGCAGCUGAUCCGCCUGGCGGACAAGAAGUGGGUGCUCGUCGUUGAGACCCUCUGCAGAAUCGUUCCUCUGGAUGAUCCUCUGGGACCCGGUAUGAUAUCGACGGUGCUCGACGAUUGCCCUCUCCCGAGCAGAGAAGAUCUGAUGGACUUCGUCGAUCUUCUCACGACAUUACCAACCGGAGAUUAUGCGUACGAGAAAAAUUUAUGCGUCGUGCUUGCUCUGCUAGCGGACAAGCUGGCUGGUCCCUCCGCGGUCAGCCUUCUCAACACGACGACGUUGACAUUCCUCACUGAAAGAUUGGACUACCGCAGAAACCAGGAUACUCAGGUGAUUCUCUUCUCCCUUCUCGUGCUCGAGAAAUUCGCGCAAACUCUAGAAAACAAAGUCAUCAUCGAGCGCUUCAUCGCCGAGCAACCCGACAUGGAAGUUCAUCCGCUCAGAACUCUGGAAGAGUGGGUUGAUGAAUCAGAUCUCGUCCGACGUCAAGUUGGCUUCUGCGCACAGUGGGCUCUCGACAACAUCUUCAUCCUUCCCGAUAGAGAACUAUCCUAUCAGAAAGUCGAUAUGACUGGAAUAAAUGUCAGGCUCAAUGACAAUGACGCGUCAGAAUACUUGAAAAUAUCACCCAAUGGAUUGGAAGCUCGCACAGAUGCCAGUUCUUUCGAAUUCGUUCGAUCUACUUUUGAGGUUUCCCGAGGCUGUUGGUAUUACGAGGUUCAUCUGGUGACAAGCGGUAUCAUGCAGAUCGGUUGGGCCACCCGCGACUCGAGGUUCUCUAAUCAUGACGGCUGCGGUAUUGGAGAUGAUCAGUAUUCGAUCGCAUACGACGGAUGUCGUCAAAGUAUCUGGCAUCGGGCGAGAAAGACGCCGAUCGAUCAUAAAGAAUGGCAGCCAGGCGAUAUUCUCGGCUGCCUGCUGGACAUCGAUCGACAGGAUUGCAUAUUCUCGUUGAAUGGCGUCGCCUUGCCGGCCGUGCUCUGUUCAGGAAUCUUCGAUUCCACGAAAGGCUCGGGAUUUUUCGCGGCUGCGUCUUUCAUGACCUACCAACAGUGCCGCUUCAAUUUCGGCCUCCAUGAGCUAGUCUAUCCGCCGGUGGAUCGAAAGUACCAGUGCUUCAACCAGUGCGCGGAGCUGAGCCCCGAAAAUGCAAGAGUCAUCCCGCGGCACGUCAAACUGCGGAGGAGCUCAAUAGGUGUGGCGAAUGCCUGUUCGAUAUGCGUAGACUUCGAAGCUACUAUCCAGUUGAAACCGUGUGACCAUUCGGGUUUCUGUGUGAAGUGCGCUAACCUCCUUGAAAGCUGUCCUCUCUGUAGAGCCGACAUAUUUGAGAGACGGAGCAUUUCAUAGUCAUUCCGGGGUAGAUCAAGUCCGAGGAGCGGGAUACUUAACAAGCUGCCGUGAUCGGGAACACAUGUUGCCAACUGCACAUUAGGAAUGUGAGAGUCCUCGGCUUAACUUAUGUAGCAAUCACCCGGUAACGGAGAGCAUAUUGGACUUAUGCAGUCUUCGGGUCCUGACCCCAAGUCCUACGAUCCUCGUGGUCGGAACUCGCUCAUGCCUUUGAAUAAUCCACUCAGUCAGCUCAAAGCGUGAUCGGUUUCAUCGGUCACGCCCCCUCUUCCGUGCACGAAGCGCGGUUGGCGACGACGGCAUCAAUAUUUUCAGCGAGGGAAAAUCAUCGACUUCUCGUCCACGAUUCAGGAGAGAGCCCCGGCAGCGGUUUCGUCGAUAGAUCCGCGACUCGAUCCGGUUUACUUCAUUCAUGCAUGCACUCGUUCCUAAUCCGAAGUUGACGCGCA